AUGACGCUUCCAUGCAAACCAUUCUACAAAACAUGCCAACAGGCUUUGUUCUUACUUGUCAUUGUGUUGCUUUCAUCCUUCCAAGUCUUGGCUUCCACCCCAUCUACAACUUCUUUCACUUCAGCUAGAAAUGAAUCAGAGGCCCUUCUAAAAUGGAAAGCCAGCCUCUCCAAACACACCCAAUCUCUCCUACCUUCAUGGGUCGUCUCCAAUGGGACUUGCCAUUGGGAAGGAGUCACUUGCAGCAAAUCCGGAAGCAUCGUUAGCUUGGACCUCUGGGGUCAUGGUUUGAGAGGUACACUUCACAGUCUCAACUUCUCUUCCUUGCCUGAUAUCCUUACUCUUCAGCUAGGAAAUAAUUUGCUUUCCGGGACAAUCCCUUCUAACAUCAGCAGCCUCUCCAAACUCACCACCCUCGUCUUGUCCUACAAUAAACUCUCAGGAAAUAUUCCUUCUGAGAUAGGCUUGCUGAAUAGUCUUAGUGUAUGUGACUUGGGUUCAAAUUUUCUAACUGGCUCUAUUCCUCCAGAAAUAGGAAGCCUGAGGAGUCUCUCUAGUUUUAGUUUGUUUGAAAACAACCUCACAGGCAUUAUCCCUGCCACUAUAGGGAGCUUGAGGAACUUGACAGUUCUUUACCUUUAUGAAAAUAAACUUUCAGGUUCUAUACCUUCAGAAAUUGGGAAUCUUAGAUCACUCAGUGAGCUUGACAUGUCAAGUAACAGUCUAAAUGGUACAAUUCCUACUUCUAUUGGGAACUUGACUAAUUUAUCCAUUCUUUACAUUUGUGAAAAUAAACUCUCUGGCUCCAUACCUUGGGAAAUAGGUAAAUUGAGACAUCUUUCUGAGCUCCAAUUGUAUGGAAACAUUCUCACAGGUUUUAUCCCUGCUUCCAUUGGAAACUUGACUAAUCUGUCCUUUCUUUACCUUUAUGCAAAUAAACUCUUUGGCUCCAUACCAGAAGAAAUUGGACUCUUAACAUCUCUAAAAGAACUAGCCUUUUCAAAUAAUACACUGACAGGCACCAUCCCCAGUUCAAUACAAAAGUUAUCAAACCUUUCCACUCUCUCGCUUCGCUCCAAUGGUUUGUCAGGAAUCAUACCUCAUGAAAUCGGAUCUCUAAAUUUACUCAAUGAUUUUGAUUUGUCAAUCAACAAUCUUAUCGGUACAAUUCCUCGGUCCAUUGGCAACUUGCGAAAAUUAACUCGUCUUGGGCUUGCUUACAACAAACUCUCUGGCACCAUUCCACCGGAGAUAAGUAAUCUUACUCGGUUGCAGUUUUUGGUAUUAUUGGGAAAUAACUUCACUGGUCAUUUACCAAGACGCCUAUGCCACAGUGGAUCACUUACGAAACUUGCCGUCAAUGACAAUCAUUUUCAAGGUCCAAUCCCGAAAAGCUUAAAAAGCUGCACCAGUUUGAUUAGAGUGAGGCUAGAAAGGAACCAUUUCGUCGGAAAUCUAUCAGAAAGUUUUGGCAUAUAUCCUCACUUAAACUACAUAGAUUUGAGUGACAAUAAUUUGCAUGGCGAGGUUUCAUGGAAAUGGGGGCGUUGUCACAAUCUCACAAGCUUGAAAAUGGCAAGAAAUAAUAUUUCUGGUCGAAUUCCAACGGAGCUUGGAAAGGCAACUAACCUUUCUUUACUUGAUCUCUCCUCAAACCAUCUUGUUGGAGAGAUUCCGAAGGAAUUGGGAAAGUUGACAUCUUUAUUCGAACUUGAGCUAAGCGGUAAUCAACUUUCAGGCAAUAUUCCAGUAGAGAUUGGCAUCCUGUCAAAGUUAACAAAUCUCAAUCUUGGAGCAAACAGUCUGAAUGAUUCUAUUCCAGGAGAACUAGGAGAUUGCAAGAAGCUACUGAAAUUGAAUUUGAGUUGGAAUGGAUUCCUGGAAGGAGUUCCGUCUGAGAUUGGCAAAUUACACUUCCUUCAAAGCCUUGAUCUUAGUCACAAUGCGCUAAUAGGAGAGAUUCCUCCUGGAUUGGGUGAAUUGAAAACUGUAGAAACGUUGAAUCUCUCACAUAAUAAGCUCUCCGGUAGCAUCCCAUCAAGUUUUGGUGAUUUGUUAAGCUUGACUUCCAUUGAUAUAUCCUACAACCAAUUAGUGGGUCCUAUUCCUGACAUUGGAACUUUCAACGAAAAAGUGCCCUUUGACGCAGUUAGAGAUAACAAAGGUUUGUGCGGAAAUGUUACUGGUUUGAAGGCUUGCCCUACUUCGACCAACCACCAUCGAGGAAAGAAGAGAGGCAAAGGAGUUGUGAUCGUAGCCACAAUCCCCAUUGUAUGUGUUCUUUUGCUGCUGCUAAUCAUUCUUACGACUUUUUUCACUCUUGCCAAAAGACGGCAAAACAAAGUGAAUAAACAAAGGGAAGGACCAAAUCCGAAUCCAUUCACAAUAUGGAGCUAUGAUGGAAAGUUGGUGUAUGAGAACAUUAUUGAAGCAACUGAAGGAUUUGAUUCCAAGUAUUGCAUUGGAGUGGGAGGGAAUGGAAGUGUGUACAAAGUUGUAUUACCAACGGGACAGAUUGUGGCUGUGAAGAAACUACAUCAACUACCAGACUGUGAAGUUGCAAAUUCAAAAGCUUUUAGAAGCGAAAUUCUUGCUUUGACAAAAAUCCGACAUCGGAAUGUUGUCAAGUUCUAUGGUUUCUGCUCACAUCCUUGGCAUUCGCUUUUGGUUUACGAGUUUUUGGAGGGAGGGAGCUUGGAAAAGAUACUUUGUGAUGAGGAACAAGCAAUGGCAUUUGAUUGGAGUAAGAGAGUGAAUGUUGUCAAAGGUGUGGCCAAUGCUAUUUCCUAUAUGCACCAUGACUGCUCAUCUCCUAUAAUUCAUAGGGACAUAUCAAGCAAAAACAUUCUGUUGGAUGAAGAGUAUGAAGCUCAUGUCUCUGACUUUGGCAUUGCAAGAAUUCUGAACCCCAACUCAACCAAUUGGACUUCAUUAGCAGGCACAUUAGGAUGCAUCGCUCCAGAACUUGCUUACACAAUGGAGGUGACCGAAAAAUGUGAUGUUUAUAGCUUCGGGGUUUUGGCGUUGGAAAUACUGGUAGGGGAGCAUCUGGGGGAUCUCAUCUCAUCUGUGUCAUCGUUGUUGUCUUCUUCGACUUCAACAGUACAUCAUUUGCUAUUGAAGAAUCUGUUGGACCAACGUCCUUCAUAUCCCACAAAUCGAGCAGGAGAGGAAGUGGUAACUGUUGCAAAAAUAGCAGUCUCAUGCUUACAAUCCAAUCCGCAAUCUCGGCCCUCUAUGCAACAAGUUUCUCAGGAGCUAUCAACUCAAAGACGCACUGUGCAGAAUCAGUUUCACACCAUUACAAUGGGACAACUACUUGAUGUUGAGUAUUGAU